AGAUAUACAGACAUAUAUUCACCAUGGUGACGCAUUUCUUUCUGGUUUGUUUACUACCCCGAAUUUGAAAACGUUUGAACAGUAAUAUGUACAUACAUACAUACAUUUGUAUAUAUGUAUGUCAGUCAAAGAGAACAAUACAUUUUAGCAUUUAACAUAAUAUUCGUAGCAAAAAUGACAACAGUGCAAGGAGAAAAUCGGCGUAAACAUGCAAUAAUUACAGACCUAGAUGUCUCAGACUGCCAACAACAAUCGGAAUUAAAACAUUCACAGGACCCUACACACAAAUUUCACAGAAAAUCGCAUUCGCAAAAGCAAUUGCAUACAAUUUCGGGUAACUUUAACCGACGUUCACGGUCUGCGGAAAAUAGAACUCAAGAGCAUAAUGCCAACGUUAAACAAAGCAUCCGCGUUAACAGCUAUUUCAACGAAUUGCUUCAGGCCAAGGAUAAUCAAAUGGAAACAUUGCUCCAGCGCUUAGCCACCUUACACAAAUUCAAUGAACAGUUCGACGUGCAAAACAAGGAGUUACGCUCACACAUACAAGCGCUAGAACAGCGGAUAGAUAUAUUACAGGAUGAAGUUACGAACUGCGGCCGUUGUCAGGAGUUGAUUCAACAACUCCAAAAGUGUUGCACUGAGAAACAGGCUUUAGCCUCGGAUGUGUCGAUGAUGAAGACACUCGUCUAUCGUCUUAAUGUACAAAUUGAAAGUUAUCAAGACAGCUUACGUCUUUCCAAGGAUGGUAUAGUUAAUGCUUCGAACAAUGCGACAACAAGUGAGAUCGGCGCCGGUGAUUUGCCCGCACAGACAUCUCACAUAUCAGUUUGGGAAGAGGGCGCUUUACGGACACACACACUUUCACCGCUGCUACAGUCCUACGACGAAAUGAUACGCGAUAAGGAGCAGUUAAUACAACAAUAUAAACAAGAAUUUGAGCACUUCACUGGAGAAUUGAAACGAGCCCUGGAGGAGAAUAACCGCCUUUUACAGCAAAAUGAACACCUGCGAAAAGAAGUUAGUUCUUGGCGUGAGGAAAGAACUCGUUUGCAGGCUCAAGCCGAUGUGUGCCGUGCAAAAGUUGAGGCCCAAACAAGAAAGUCAGACUUAGCCAAGGAGAAAUUGGUGGAAGUAAUGCACUGUUAUGAACAAAAAAUGCAGUCACUGGUUCUUGACAUGGAACAUUUGCAGUCGGCAUACACCCGAUGCAAAAAUGAAUUGGUAACUUUGAAAAGUGUCACGCCACAUCCACCCGAGAGCUUGGAGCAAUCUUUGCAAGAAUGCAAAGCCCUUUUAGAGAAGUUGAAAGAGCAGCAUAGCAAUGAGAAGCAGAUGCUGGAAAACAAUGUGGAAGAUCUUCGUUUGCGACAUGUGAGUGAUAGUAAAAAAAUAGCUGAGUUGAAAAUAGAAUGUAAAUCAUUAGAAAAAAAGGUUGAAGAACAACGCAAAGCCGCAGAAGAAUUUGAAAAACGUGCCAACUCUCUACAGCACACCUCGGAAAAAAUAAAAUGCUCGCGAGAUCGGUUAAAAGCUCGACUUCGGAUUGCCCUGCAAUGGGCACAAAAAAUGGAGGAGGGUCAAGUAAAUAUACAAAAUACUUGGGAUGCAUUGAAACGGCUUGAAACCAUUGUUAAGCAUAAAGAAUCCCAGGUGCGAGGCUUGCACGAUCGACAUUUACAGGAAAUUGACAAAAUGAAAAAGAAACUUCUUCAAAAAGAGGAGACCAUACGAAAUAUUCUAAAAGGAAAGCUCGCAAUGACCGAACACCAAUAGAUGAAAAGAAUUUAGUUAUUAUUCGAAUACAAAUAAACAUUAAACAGAGAAUUUGAAAAUACAACACAAAACGUUUACGAUAUUAAAAAAAAAA